AGAAGUCAACAAGCGUAGAGGAAAGUUUUCAAUUGUGUUCGUUGCGACAGUGGCGCCGAUAUUUUCCUUAUAAUCAGGGUGUGUUUUCACGAAUCUUCAUUCUACUGCAAAUCGUCCUAGGGUUAACAUCCUAUCCUAAAUCAGUUCAGUGUUCGUGACAUUGAAGUGAAAGCCGGCAGUUUCCUAUCUUAGGUUUUCCUGGAAAACUUGUUAUCAAGACAUAUUUUGCAAAAAAUCUAAAUUUGAGUGAAAUUAAAGAAUCGAGUGAAAUCCAAUCUUUGUUUACAAUAUCGAUUGAAGAGCUGUAUUCGACUCCAGUUUUUCGUCGAAACGAAGACGAAAUUUUUCCAAAAACGUUAAAACACAAGAGUCACCGUCACCACCGCCGAGAUGGCGUUCAUGAUGCCUGUAGUGAAGAACGACUGGGACAUCUACAACUCGCAGCGGUCGCGGCGCGCGUCCGAGUCGGCGGAGAAGGCGGCGCUGGGCGGGCGCGUGCGGAAGGUGUCGGAGUCGCGCUCGGAGGGCCCGGCGCUGUCGCCGCGCGCGCACGCGCUCAGCCCGCACCGCAGCGCGCCCGCCAUGCGCUCGCUGUCCUACUGCCGCGCGCCGCCCUCGCGCGCCUCGCUGCGCGCCGCCGCCGACAGCCCCAGCAAGGGCUCGGCUAGCCCCAAGAGCGGCGCGCGCGAGGACAAGUUCCAUAGCAGGUUGGUGGAGAAGUUGAAGCGGGCGCUGGGCCGCUCGGAGUCGCGGCGCGAGGAGCGCAGCUCGUGAGCUAACGCGUGCUUGUGUGCAGGGCGCGCGCCGACUCCCCCGAGCGCCACUCGCGCUGCGGGGCCUGCGUGCCCUACCUGUGACGCGGCCGCGACCGCAGCCUCGCAGCCGCGCCGGCACACCAUCUGUGAUAUGUUGUCGCUAGUGAACACGACGAGAUGAGUACUUUGAUGAAUGUGCUAACUAACCGCCUAAGGUCUUCUGGACGCUGAGAACCUAAUAACGAUUGAAGUUAUACCGACACAAUGCAAUAGUUUUAGUUGUCAUACAUCGCUUUCCUUAACUGUUGCAUGUUUGUUAGUCGUCAUCGUAUGUUGAUCAUAUGAGCAGGUUGUCAGACGUAGGUUGUAAUAAGAAAGUACGUUGUAUGGAUUUCAAGACUGUGUUUAGUUUAAGCAUGCCCUGGGGUUCGAUCAGUAUUAUUUGUCAUCGCCCCGGCGGCCACUAGAGGUUAGUUUGUGGCAGUUCGCGAAGGGUAUCUGUGAUUCGUUAUUUGUAAGUGUGGUUUAAUUUAUUAAGCUUGAAGGGAAAUUGCAUUCAGAUUUUAUGUUUGUGAGAGUCCUUAUUGUGAAACCAUUUUAAUAUCUACUUGUAAUGUUUACCAACAAAGAGGCGUUCAUAUAAACCAAAUUGAUAAGAAGUAAGCUUUCUUAUGAGAAUUAUUAGAUGAAAUUUUGCAGUCACUCUAUAAUAAUUGUUAUCUAAGUGGUAUAUAUAUCGUGAAAACAAGUGAAAUCAACUUAUUGGAGGAUGAAACAUUUGUUAUAUAUUAUAUUAGUAGCGUAGUACAUAAGAGUACGUUUAUAAUUAAUGAAUAUGUACCUACACGUAGUGCAAACUGUCGAUAUUGAUAACUGUAAGCGUGUUGUAUUGUAGUCAUCGAUGUAAUAAUACAAUGAUAGUUUAUUUAUAUACUACACGGGCUUUGGCCCUGUUUUACAAAACAAUUUUGUUAUGAUUUUCGCUUGAUUUUAUAUGAUGUUAACUUGUGACUGUAAUUGGACCAGCUUUGUUAAAUAUUUUUAUCUAUCAGUGUAACUGAAAACGAUAAAGUGAUAUAAAAGUAAGAUUUAACAUAAAAUCUUAAAUUUAGGCAUAUCUCGAUGAGAUUUUAAAGAACGACGAAUGUUCAGAUGUUUAUUAUGUUCGCUUAUCAAAGUUCCUUGAACCUAUUGAACUGCCAACCGGUAGCUAGGUAGGCCUAUUCAAUUUUAGGUAGAGCCGUAGCAAAUAAAAACAAAAUUACAAUGUUUACAUUAAUUGGAUAUUUUUUUGCAAACAUUUUCAAAUAUUGCAUGUAUUGUCAACUGUCCGAUCUGAAGUUUUUCAACUAUUAAACACUUAAUAUAAAGCUUGAA